AGUCUGGGCAGCCUGGGCAGCCUCCUGCUGCUGCUUACAGUCAGGAAGACAAGACCUCCCCACCCUCCCUAGCUUUAGCAUAUCCUCGCAUGCAGGACUUUCCAUACGGGUUAAGCGGUGUAGCUAUGCCGAGCUACAAUUACAGCAGUGAACUUUAUAGUUAUGUGUCAAACGGGUUUCCUCGAAAAUCGAGAAUGUGCAGCUAUUGUGGAAAAGUAUUCACUCGAUCCACAACUCGUCGAUAUCAUGAAAAGCGGUGUCCUUUGUUGCGAGCUGCUGGUAGCUUGUUGAAGAACGAAACACAAGUAGCAGCAGUAGCAGCAGCGCCGGCAGUAAAGACCGAAACCUCUCCAUCUUACGCUUCAGCAAAUACCUCUACCAUCUCCUCAAGUCAACAUACCUCAUUUGUACUGGCUUCUUUAUCCUCCCAGCCAUAUGCAUCUACCUCAACUGCUGCUGUGGACCAAAAUCGUAAUGCAGUUAGCGGGAUUAAGGGUGAACCUCAAGAGAUGCUAGAUCCAUCACCCUCAAAUUCUGAAAGUUUUAGCCAGGGAGAUCUUAGUACCCCACGUUACACUCCGGAUUUUGAUUCAGCCAAUCAGCAGGCUUUAAUGUUUUCCCCUCCAAUGAAGGACCGCUCCUCCGAAUCGCCAUUAUCAUUACAGACUGAUAACCAGACUGCCUCAGAUCAUCUUGAUACGGGUGAACCAUUAGUGUUCAAAGAUAACGUGGACCACAGCACAGCGUCUGAACUUGGGGCCGGCAGCACUGAUGCCCUUUACAGCAACUCCAAUGCCGGUUACCAGCAGUACAAGGACAUUAAAGUGUCGCGACAAUCGUCUCAUCACUCAGGGAUUGCCACUAGUUCAUAUAAUGACACCAUUUCUCAGGGUACCUCUGGAGAUGGCAGCAGUUUCAAUCAGGACAUGGCUCAGGAAAAUGAUACUAUGUGUGACUCCAAAUCUGAGGAGCGUACACCAAAAUCUGUUCUUGCCAACAAAUGCAGUAUUUGUGGAAAAACAUUUGAUUCACCUCGUCAGCUUCACAUACACGAACAGCUGCACACAAAGUACAAGCCAUAUGCAUGUCGUUUCUGUGGCCAACGUUUCCUAAAAGUAUCAAUGCGUAUAGCACAUGAACGGCUUCAUAUCGGAGAAAAGCCUUACGUCUGUGCUAUUUGUGGGCUGACGUUCACACGCAAGUAUAGUGUGCGGCUUCACAUGCGAAGGAGACAUACAGAUGGACCAUGUCUUUGUCGCUAUUGUGGGAAGACGCUGUACACAUUGCAGACUCUGAAGAGCCACCUGCUGUCACACAACCUGCCCAAGUCUGAGAAAGAGUCUCUACACUACCUCGGGACAUCAGGAGGGGAGCGCAUUGCUGAUGCUAGUGGUUCCCAAGAAGAUGAUGAAAAUGCAUUAUUACCAACGGCUCCUGAAGACCAGCUUGCCAAUCCCAACAAAGAUAUUGCUCUUGCUAUGGAGCUUGAGCUUGCAGGCAAUUCAAAAGAGAAGGAAUGGUGUAAGCUGUGUGAGAAAGAAUUUCCCAAAUCGUUUAUGAGAUAUCAUGAAAAGCUCCAUGCUGAUCAGAAGCCCUAUGAAUGCCCUACAUGUAACAAGAGGUUUGGUUACAAGAAUAACAUGAAAUCUCAUAUGAAGCUCCAUGCUGGAAUAAAACCAUAUCAGUGUCAUGUGUGCGGGGCAAAGUUCACACGUGGUUCAACAUUACGGAGACAUGCCCGCCGUCAUGGGAUAUUCACUGAAAGUGUGUGGGAUUUCUUUGUCCAGAAGGGUGCUUCCUCAGGAAAUCAGAACAAUGUCUCAAAGCAGAAGGUACCAGUGGGCCCUCUUAAAGUGCAGAUUCAAGGCCAAGGACAGUCUUCGCCAGAAAUAUCAAGUUCAAGGUCAACACAAGGUGAAACCGCAAGAGCAUCAGUAACACCUGAUAAAUCACAGAACUAUGAACGUGGAGCAUACUCUGGACCGCCUGCUCUGACUACAAGUAACAUGUACCCUGGCUAUGCAGCAGUAGCCACCUUACCCGAGAGUAUUUAUCACACAUAUCCAUCUACCUCACACUACAAUGUUAACUAUUCCAAUUACACUGCUAGUCAAGAACCUCAGGCUGAUGCCCUCAACCUGAGUGUGACCAAGGACUCCAUGGAUCCUGCUGCUGUUGCAGCUGCUGCUGCUGCUGUUGCUGCUGCUGCCACUACUGCUGUUACUGAAAUAGCAGAAACAUCCGAGGAUGAAGCAGACGGAAGUGAGAGCAAGAGCAACAUAUCCUCCCACACUUGCACAUCGGGUGGUGCUAGUGUUGGGGUGCAGGUCAACCUCUGUGGGUGUAACGAUAAGACCUCGCUUCUCUCCACUUUGCCAUUUGACCACCGACUUCUCAGUCCACUUAAUAUCGACGGGUCCGGGACGACGGCAACAAGUCCCUCACUGAGUUCAGGGGGAGAUAACUUUAAUCAGGAAUCUGUAUCUACGCUGAUGAGUUCGGGACGCCUGUUUCGGUGCAGUCACUGCGAUUGUUACUUUUCUGAGUAUGCUAUGUACCGUAUUCACCAGAAGCUGCACGCACGAGAUGCCAACCGGCCCUUCCUGUGUCCUGUGUGUUUCGAGGACUGUCAUGACAAGAUGUAUUCGUUGCAUCUUUAUGAACAUCUACGCAUGUGACCCACCUCAAUAGACAAGCACCUCCUCAAACUUACCUCAUUUUAGCAUUAUCAUCAUUAUUAUUAUUGUUGUUGCUUUUAAGGUAUUUGCCUGUCUCAAGAUAGACAGCUUUCAACUUGUUGAAUUUAUGGUCAUAAUGCAUUAUUCAAUCAGGAAAUUGAUUUAUGGAUCUAAGUUGUUGAUGUCUGCUUGUGUCAGCUCUCUUAAAAGGCACCUAUAUUUCAAUCGGUAAUGAUUUUCUACAUAAUAAGCGUGAAAUCUACAUGUAGUAUCUUUCCAAACAAAUAGACAUAUGUCGUUAGCAUCAUUCUGUCUCAUGAGACCAACACCACUGUUUCAGAUAAUACCAAUAUAAAAGAAAAUUGUUGAAAGUUGUGACUUCAUGUUCUCUCCAGAAAAGAUCUGUUUUUACUAAAUGUAUAUUAGUGCUUGCAUUUGGGGUAGAUAUACUACAUAUAUGAAAGUUAAAACUUAUUCCUGUGAUAGAUUGAUCUUUGAUAGCUCAAAGUGGCCUUUGUUGAGAGAUAUGUGUAAAACACGCAUUGUUUAAAGACAGUGAUGUACUGCUGUAAAUACGUGAAAAUUGUAGAAUGUAUGUGUUUGUUACGGGUCAAUGCUGGUAACCAGGGAAACUCCAGAUUUCAUGGUUCCUUAGAUGUCUUAAUAGACUAGUGCAUUACAAGCUCUGUUUUAGGGUGAUAUUGUCACAAUGAAAUGUGUCAGGGACUUAGUGUCUGAAGUCUAGUGAUGUGUACAGUCCUCCUCCUCCCUUGUGCCUUAGAGAGGGAAAUAGUUGUCCUUGUAUACCGUUGUGGUAGUUAAUGUCCCAUAGUGGG